UUGAAAUAGAGAAUCAGAUUUUGAAGUUUGAAAUUCCCCCUUUUGAGUAUCACGGCGUUUUUCUUUUUGCCGCUCCUGUGUUCCAAUUUCUUUUUCUUUGUUCUGUAUAUUUGACCUAAAUCAUAAAAAAGUAAAUACCAAUUUCUCAUGCCCACCUCCCUUGGAGUUGAAGAUCUACACUUCACGUCUUCACCUUAACUUCAGAUGGUUUGAUAUGAUUUUUGCAACCUUGAGUGGGUGGCUUUUGGGGUUGAAUAUCUUCACAAAUAUCUUGUACUAAGGUGGUUGGUUAAAAGUGUGGGAAAUGGAAAACUAUGAUAUAUUGGAACAGAUUGGUAAAGGUUCAUUUGGUUCUGCGCUACUUGUAAGGCAUAAACAGGAAAAUAAGAAGUAUGUUUUGAAGAAAAUUCGCCUUGCUCGACAGACUGAUAGAACCCGCAGAUCAGCCCACCAGGAGAUGGAGCUUAUCUCUAAAGCAAGGAAUCCGUAUAUUGUGGAGUACAAAGAUUCGUGGGUGGAAAAGGGUUGUUAUGUAUGCAUUGUGAUUGGGUAUUGCGAAGGUGGAGAUAUGGCAGAAGCUAUUAAAAAGGCCAAUGGUGUUCACUUCUCAGAGGAGAAUCUUUGUAAGUGGUUAGUUCAACUACUGAUGGCACUUGAUUACUUGCAUAAAAACCAUAUACUUCACCGUGAUGUCAAGUGUUCAAACAUUUUUCUGACUAAAGAGCGAGACAUACGUUUAGGUGAUUUCGGUCUUGCUAAAGUACUAGCUUCUGAUGAUCUUGCUUCUUCUGUGGUGGGUACACCUAGUUACAUGUGCCCAGAACUUCUUGCAGACAUACCUUAUGGUUCCAAGUCAGAUAUCUGGUCCUUGGGAUGCUGUCUAUAUGAAAUGGCUGCUCACAAACCAGCAUUUAAAGCCUUUGAUAUACAGGGUUUGAUCAAUAAAAUAAACAAAUCUAUAGUGUCUCCUCUUCCAACCCUGUAUUCUGGUGCAUUCCGGGGGCUCAUCAAGAGUAUGCUGCGAAAAAACCCAGAACUUCGGCCAAGUGCUGCAAACUUGCUCAGGCAUCAACAUCUUCAGCCCUACAUCCUGAAUAUCCAUCUGAAGUCGAACAACCCUCGGAGGCAUACUUUUCCUAACCAAUUAUGUAUUCCGACUGAUGUCAAGAGAAACAGAUUUCUCGAGCAUGCUGCUGUUACAAACAAAGAAAAAACAGAGAAAAGACUGUCAUUUGGUAACAACAGGGCCUUAAAUCCUAGUAUAUCUGGACAUGACCUGGAUUCUUUAUGUUCUCCUCGAAGAGCACAAAACUUUUUGAGCCAUCUGAGUGAAAAGUUUUCAGAACUCUCUGUGGGUAGUGUUGGUGAAGUUACAGGUGCAAAAAAGUUGGGGACUACAAACUUAUCAAGUGCUUUGAAAACUCCACAAGUGAUGUCAACAAAGGGUUCUGCAAAUCCGAAGAGACAAACAACUCCAUCAAAGAUAUCCUACUCUGGAUCAACCCGUGAACUGCUUCCAAUCUCACAGAUUUCAGUCAGAAAACCAUCCCAGUCAACACGCCGAGCAUCUCUUCCGUUGCCUACUAGAGCUGUCAGAAGUGUUGGUCUCCUCCAUGGUAUGGAGUCACCCGAUGUAUCUGUCAAUGCUCCUCGAAUUGACAAAAUGGUCGAGUUUCCUCUAUUGUCUUCCGAAGAUCCACUGUCUUCCAUCCGUCGAACGUCAUCAAUAUCUGCUCAAUGUUCUGCAACCUCGCCUUGUAGUGUUGAUCAUUCAAUCACAAAAGACAAAUGUACAGUCCAGAUGCUUGCCAGCACUGCUCGUCGAUUUCCACGUAAUGGAAGUGAGUCUUCAGAGGUCAAUUUGAACAGCCGAGUUGGUUCGACCCGUUCAUCAUCAGAUUCCCGGGAGCGUAGAUUUGACACAUCAUCUUACCAGCAGCGAGCAGAAGCACUGGAAGGAUUACUCGAGUUUAGCGCACAACUCUUGCAGCAAGAACGCUUUGAUGAGCUCGCAGUGUUGCUGAAACCAUUUGGACCUGAAAAGGUUUCUCCAAGAGAAACUGCUAUUUGGCUGACAAAGAGUUUCAAGGAGAAUAUUGUGUGAUUAGAACAUUAACUUUCACUAAUCACGUCGCAUUAAUAGCUAAACACGAGCACGAAUCUUUGUUAUCCCACGUGUAGACUUGUGGAGGCAUAGUUGUCUCAAUUGUUGCGUCUUGUAUUAGAUGAUGUUAACUUAGACUAGGCGACUGAGUAGCUACCUACUGAUGCUUGUUGAGAUGCACACGAAUUACUUGGUUCAUGGGAAAGUGGAAAUAGAAAACCGUAUGAACUAUUUUCGACUUCUCAAAAUAUUGGCAAAUAGAAAUUAAGGGUAUGUUUUCGUACA